AUGGGGCAAGAAGCUUCUGCGUCCAACUCAGUCAUGACAGCAAUUGUUGGUGGCCGAGACAAGACAAUGUAUGUGCUGCCAGGUAUGUCUGAGCGCUUGAAAUUUAAUGGUAUCAAUCUGUACCAAUGGAAGAAAUUUGUGGAGUUAACCCUCCUUGGGAGAGGUUUGCCAGAGCAUCUAAUUGAUGAUCCUGUUGGUAUGAAUGAUCCGAAUUACAGAAUUUAGAAAUCCGAGGAAGCCUUUCUUCGUUCAUGGCUCCUUGGAACCAUGACAGCAGAAAUGUGUGACAAUUUUCUUUAUCUGGCUACUAUGAAAGAAUUGUGGAGUGAAGUCCACAAGAAUUGCUCUAAGCAACAUAAUGAUUGGAAGAUCUAUGGGUUGAAUGCCAAAAUAGUGAGGGCAAUACAAGAGGAGAAGACAAUCAUGAAGAUAUCAUAUGAAAUGAAGGCUAUAUGGAGCGAGAUUGAUUAUCAUUGGCCUGUGAAGAAUCCUCACUCCAAAGAAAGAAAUUACAUAUUGAAGUAGAGAAUGUUUACAUUCUUAAUGGCUUUCAAUCUAGAAUAUGAGAGUCUUCAGAGUCAGAUCCUACAUAGAGAGGCCAGCAGAUUUGGAUGAAGCCAUCGGUAUUGUUAUGGAGGAAGAGAGUCAACUGCGUCUACUCUCAGAUCCAUCAAGGCCUAGCCCAAUUGUAUUUUUUACCAAGAAAACUGAAAAAAAUCAAGCUAAGAAGUUCAGCAAGAUCAAGAGAAUUCAACUAAUCAAGGAUAGAGAGCCUCAAAUAACUAUAAGGAUACUCUUUGGUGUUCUUUUUGCAAAUGCAAAAGACAUACCAGAGAAACCUAUUGGAAGUUAUAUGAUAAGCCCCAACAAAAUCGAAAGGUAUAUGUUGCUACUUCUCAAAGUCAUGAAGGUGAAGAACAAGGGCAGCCAAAUGAGCAAACAGGAGAGCCUGCUCAUGAAAGUGGGGAGGACUUUAUGAAGAUAAAGGAAGAACUAGAGCGACUCAAAGCAUACUAAGUUCUACCUUAUUGGCAUGCUCAGGUGAAAACAAAGUAUUUUCCAGUAAUGUUAUUAUCCCAAAACCCAAUAGAAUAAAUUGGAUUAUUGAUACUAGUGCCACAGAUCACAUGACACCAAAUAUCUCUAGAUUCGUUAAUAUGCAAAGAUAAAUAGGCCACAUAAAGUCCUUAUAACUAGAAGAGGAAUCUUAUCAGUGGCGGGUAUUGGGAGCAUCAAAAUUAAUGGACUAGGUACACUUAAAGAUGUCCCUCAUGUCCCUAGACUUGAGGCACAUCUUAUAUCCUUACAAAAACUUUUGCAAGAUUGUAAGCGCAAAUCUAUUCUUAAAGAUGAUGCAUGUUUUCUAAUUGAUAAGAUGUCGGGAUAGAAGACUGGACAUGUUAGGCAUCAAGAUGGCCUUCUCUAUCUGGAAGAUCAAGAUGCAGUAUCUCUCCUCUCUUAGUUUUUCCGGAGAUACUAAGAGCCAAAUCAUGCUUCAACAUAGUCAUGUUAGGCAUCCUUCUUUUGAAUUGAUGAAACAUUCGUUUCCUACCAUUUGUAAUAAGGCUGAUGUCAAAACUUUGAUGUGUGAGGCCUGUCAAUUGACCAAACACAAAUGAUCUACAUUUUAUUUUAAGAAUGAAAGGAGUUUAGUACCACUAUAUCGGAUUCAUAGUGAUAUAUGGGUGUCAUGUCAAAUAUCGAGUAUAUCUGGUGACAAAUGGUUUAUGCUAUUUGUUGAUGACUGUAUCCGGUUUAUAUGACUUUAUCUGCUUAAGUCCAAAGCUGAAGCUGCUCAAAUUAUCCACAGUUCUUUAACAUGAUAGAUAAUCAAUUUGGAACAGUGAUAAACCGGUUCAAAACAGAUAAUGCCAAAGAGUAUUUCAAUACUAUCAUCUCCCCUUAUUUUCCUCAAAGAGGCAUAAUCCAUGAAUUAUUAUGUAUUGGUACUCCACAACAUAAUGGGCUAGCUAAAAGAUAGAUUGGCCAAAUUGUGGAGACAGCUAGAACACUAUUAUUCCAGGGAAAUGUACCCAAAAAAUAUUGGGGAGAAGCUAUAUUGACAGCUACAGAUCUUAUAAAUUGCAUACCAAUAAGAUCAACUAGACAUUAGAGUCCAAUUGAGUUACUAUCUAAAACUUAUCAAAAUGUAAAGUUGUGAACGAACUUAGCUCCCAAGGUGUUUGGUUGUGUGGCAUAUGUUCACAUUGCUAAUACUUAGUUGGGUAAGUUGGAUCUUAGAGCACGUAAGUACAUAUUUGUUGGAUACCCACUCAAAAUGGCUAUAAAUGUUACAUUUAAUGAAUAUGAGAUGUAUUAUAAAAGAACCGAAGAGCCUAAUAUUCAAAGAUCAAAAAAUCCUUUAGUUGCUAGCUUUGAAGACCCUUGCCCUCAAGUGACACAAAUAUUUAGGAGACAAGUUCAGAAAGGGUGGAGAAUGUAACUGAACCAAUGCAGUUGGAAGAAGAUGAUCCAAGGCAAAAUGAGGUCGAACAACUUGAUGUAGGCUUAAUUGAAGAUGAUCAGCUCGGAUGGCCUAUUGCCCUGUGUAAAGGGGUAAGGAAUUGCAGAAAUAGACCAAGGUAUCCAAUGGCCAAUUAUCUAUCAUAUGAUAGAUUGAGUCAAGAGUAUAAAGUAUUCUUGAGCUCACUUAAUAUGACAAGUGUACCAAAAACAGUUGAUAAAGCAUUAGCUAGAAAAGAGUGGAGCCAAGCAAUGGAUGCAGAGAUGGAAGCCCUGCAAAAGAAUCAUAUAUGGAAUCUAGUUCCACUCCCAGCUGGUAAGAAAGUUGCACGGUGUAAAUGGGUAUAUACCCUGAAAUUUAAUGCAGAUUGGGUCACUUGAAAAAUAUAAGGCACGAUUGGUAGCAAAAGGCUAUACUCAAUCAUAUGGGAUUGACUAUCUUGAGACCUUUGCUCCAAUUGCUAAGUUUAACACCAUGAGAAUAUUGAUUGCUCUAGCAGCUAAGUUGAACUAGGAAAGACAUCAAUUUUGAUGUCAAAAAUGUAUUUUUACAUGGAGAACUAGAAGAGAAAGUCUACAUGACUAUACCUCCAGGAUAUCCACUAUCCAAUCAAUCAAAAGUGGUUUGUAGACUAAAGAAAGCCCUCUAUGGUCUCAAACAAUCUCCUCGAGCUUAG